AUGGAGGGCAAGGAGGAGGACGUGCGGCUGGGCGCCAACCGGUACUCGGAGCGGCAGCCGAUCGGGACGGCGGCGCAGGGCGGCGGCGCGGACGACAAGGACUACAAGGAGCCGCCGCCGGCGCCGCUGUUCGAGGCGGAGGAGCUGACGUCGUGGUCCUUCUACCGCGCGGGGAUCGCCGAGUUCCUGGCCACCUUCCUGUUCCUGUACAUCAGCGUGCUCACGGUGAUGGGCGUGGUGGGCAACCCCUCCGGCUCCAAGUGCGGCACCGUGGGCAUCCAGGGCAUCGCCUGGAGCUUCGGCGGCAUGAUCUUCGUGCUCGUCUACUGCACCGCCGGCAUCUCCGGCGGCCACAUCAACCCCGCCGUCACCUUCGGGCUGUUCUUGGCCAGGAAGCUGUCGCUCACCCGGGCCGUGUUCUACAUGGUGAUGCAGUGCCUGGGGGCCAUCUGCGGCGCCGGGGUGGUGAAGGGGUUCCAGACCACGCUGUACAUGGGCAACGGCGGCGGCGCCAACUCGGUGGCGCCGGGGUACACCAAGGGGGACGGCCUGGGGGCGGAGAUCGUGGGGACCUUUGUGCUCGUGUACACCGUCUUCUCCGCCACCGACGCCAAGCGCAGCGCCAGAGACUCCCACGUCCCCAUCUUGGCGCCGCUGCCGAUCGGGUUCGCGGUGUUCCUGGUGCACCUGGCGACGAUCCCCAUCACCGGCACCGGCAUCAACCCGGCGCGCUCCCUCGGCGCCGCCAUCAUCUACAACAAGAAGCAGUCGUGGGACGACCACUGGAUCUUCUGGGUGGGCCCGUUCACCGGCGCGGCGCUGGCGGCCAUCUACCACGUGGUGGUGAUCAGGGCCAUCCCCUUCAAGAGCCGUAAACUCAAUCAGCCAUGGAAUGGAAUGGAUGGAAUCCUGUCGUUCAUCGACCAUCGUUUGUGCUGA